CUAAAACCUGGCAAUAUUUUUGCCGAUCUGGACCGAUUUUGACCACGCCAGACCGAUUUCAGGAACAGAAAAUGAAUGGAAGAACCAUUGAAGCCAUCUCGACCUUCAUCUGCAAACAGCAAUAAUAGCAAUGCAAGAUCCAGUGAUGAGGAGAUCAGUUCUCAGCAAUCAUUGUCGGUGUCCGAGGACUUCCUGUGUGGUUGUUGUUUCGACCUGAUGGUGCAGCCGACCACGCUGACAUGCGGGCACAGCUUCUGUCGCCUGUGUAUAGCCAACUGGUACCUCUCCUCUAAAAAGACAGAGUGCCCCCAGUGUCGCAGUGCAUGGACUGGAAAUCCUCAGAUCAAUAUAACACUCAGGAAUUUACUAGCCAAGAUGUAUAAGGAUUCCAUGUCUGAGCGUGAGGCAGAAGUGCUUACGGCAGAAGCGAAGGAAAAGAUCAAGACAUUUGAGGACGCCGUAUCUGACCGUAAUGAGUCUGAUUCGAACAAGGCCCAGGGUCAGGGUUUCUGUGGUGGCAUUUGUCUCGCUCUCACUGUGGUUGUGGUUGUGUACUUGUCAUGGUACUGGCAGAGCUCGGACCAGGACCUGCUUGUCCACAAACCGUUGGUCAAGUGGUCAGUGGAGGAUGUGGAUCAGUGGUUCACAGACAUGGGCUCCUGGACGCUGGAGUACGCCCGCAUUGUACGGGAAAGCAACAUUAAUGGUAACCUGAUGCUACAACUUGAUGAAGACACUCUGGUGUCCACCUUCAACGUCACCGACCCACUUCACCGCAAGGCACUCUUCAACUCCAUCGCAACCAUCAAGGAGCGAGGAGUGAAACCUCCGUCCAAUCUCUGGGAAUUUAAGGCACUGUAUCCAGGCUGGGCUUUAUUACUGCUCUAUGGGAUGAAGGACUACCCGCGGUCCAGCCUGCUGUUUCUCUAUUUCUUCCAUUAUGAGACCAUGUUCCUGCCUUUUGUCCACGUGGUCUGUCCAGUGUCCGAGGACGCCCCAAAAUAUGACUUUACACAUAUACCUCCUGAAUUGACAUCGGUACAGUGGGCAGAGUUCCUACCAAAGUUGAUAUUCCUGCCAUACCUCUUAGUAGGAGAGUUUACGUGGGAUUGGUUGGACAUUCACUGGUGGACAGCGCGGUUCAUCCUCGCACAGUGUGUACUAGCCACCAUCCUAGAGGCGAACUAUGUGUCUAUGUUUUUAAGCAGGGAACAGCAUCCCAGAUCUCUGGGUGACGGUGUAAAGUCAGUGUUGAAGAGUUAUCUGUCCUUAGGGAUAUUCGUUAUGAUCUGGCCCCUGGUGCCGUCUUUCGUCUGCGAUUGUUUUUUCUACGUAGCUUUAUAUUUCUCCCCAUAUCAGUUAGGGGAGACAAUUUUUAGAAUAUUGAUGAGAUAGCACCAGGCCAAAAUACCUCAAAUUGCUUUUUAUAAUAUUACGUCAUUUUUAAAUCUCAAUCUCGACUCAUUUUACCACAUAACAGCAUGCACGUAGCGUAUUCAAAAUUCAUUUACUCUUUAUAAAAUGGCAUUUUCUCAUAGAUUAUGCCUAUAAGAUAAUUUAUCAAAAUUGUAAAUGAAAAUAAUCCUAUAGCAGAAAUAUACUCGAGUAAAAUAAAAAAAUAAAAAUUCUUACCAAGUUCAUUUUUUUGCUCUAUAUAUUUUUUUCUAAGGUAUUGAGCAAUAAUGUUUAUGAGUAUGAAACAUAAAACCAUGGGCUUUUAAAUAGGUAAAACUCAUUUUAUUUCCAAUCAAUUUAUGCUGUUUUGUGGGGAAAAAAGCUGAGAUUGAUACUGAGAAAUUACUUGAGUAUUUUCAUGAUAUUGAUAACCUGGCGAGGUUUUUUGUUUCAUUUUGUAUGUUAAACUAUAUUUUGCAUUUAAUUUUGUAUGUAAACAUAUCUUUGAUUGACUUUUUUUUUCUUCAUUAUAAAAAAGCUUUUUUUUCAUUGAUUAUUUCAUUGCAAAAAGAUUUUUUAUCGGUGACAAUUUUUUAAAACUGAAAUUGAGUUAUCUUGUUGCUAUGAACAAAUACCAUAUAUUUGCUUCUGAAAUACUUAUUUGAUCAGAAUUGUGAAAAUCAAAGCCUAUAAUAACUAGAAUUUAAUAUGACGUCUGACUGACCCUAUAAAACAUGAACAAGUCCCUUUAAUAUUGAUGUUUCAUAAACACCAAGUUGUGAUAAGAACAUUAUUAUGUCAACCAUUGUUUAUUGAUGGUGUAAUUGUAGCCUGGAAAAUGACAAAUUUUACUUAAAAAACUUAAUGAAAAUGGAAAUUUAUUACAAGUUUUUGCUUUUCUUCAUGAUUUAUAGUGCCAUCAUUCCAUUUUUCUGUCUGAACUGGCAGAGAUCUUGAUUUUUUAAAUCUGUUUAGCUUUCACCAAGUGCUAAUUGAAUGCUUCUGAUAGUUGCAAUUCAUUCCUGUUCACAUUAUAGGUGGCAGUAUAAGUCAGAGAGGUUUAAAGGGACUAGACACCAGAUGAUACAAUUUGCAAAAAUAAAAUGUUAAAAAAUAAAAUCGAUCACAUCGCUUAUGACAAAUGUUCCUUUUGCAGUUUUUGCGUAUUUUUCCAAUUCCAAAUUUACGUUUGUCUAUCAUGUGGAUACCUGGUUUAAAACAGGUAUUUUCAGCUGAGACAGUGGCAAAAUAUUAUUUUAAUCAUGUAAAGUGAUGUAUUAUCAUCCUCAUACCAGCACAUAUUGAUUAUUCUAUAAUAUUUCCCUCCCCCUGGGGGUACAAAAUGUGUUUGAAGAAUAAUGUCACACAUUUGUGCAAUGUGUAUUCUAUCAUUAUUUUUUCGCGAUAUGGCAAUUUAGAACCAUUAAAGCCAAUAUUUAGAAAGUAAUUGAUACAAAUUUAAAUUCAAAUGAGAUUCUCAUCGAAUUAUGCAGCGUUUCUAACAAAACAUGCGAUCAAAAUUAAUUGCGUCCGGCGUGAGGCGGUCAGACGACAAAAACUGAAACAAUAUUGUGAUUUGAUUUGCUUAAUGCUACUACAGUGGAUCAACAUUCAACUGAUAAUCUUUAAUUAACAGAUAUAUCCAUAUAUAUUUGUCCAGACCGGCAAAUUGCCAGUUUUGAGAAGCCCUGGAACAUAUUGUAACUGCCAAUUUUGGGACCAUAUGGUGUCUACCGUAGUCCCUUUAAUUUUUUUUAUUUUUUUCCAAUUUUUAUCGUUUAAGUUCUUAACAAGCAAUUCAUCUUACCUCAUGAGUGCCAGCAGCCACCUUUGGUUUUCAUAAUGCUUUGUACAACUUGGCUUUUAUUUAUUUUUUUCAUAUUGCAUUUACUUUUUGCAAAAUCAAAUAUAAUUUUCUAAGCCAAUUUUUAAGUUUUUUUCCUGUUGUUUGAUACAUUGUCAUGGUCAAGGACAUUUCAUACAUAUGCAUAGGUGACUUUGUUGGAUCUUUUUAAUAUCUAUGUACCGGUAAUAAUUUUAUCUUGCUCAAGACAUAUAUUCUCAUUAGGCUGGGCUUAUCAGAGAAGCUCUUGCAAUAUUUGUAUAUAAAAGAGGCACAAUAUAGGAUGAUGCCAAAUUAUAUUUGUUUUAAUUUCAAUGCAUAAUAAUGUUUAACUAAUUUUUCUUCUAUGAUCAAAACAAAAAAGGAUAUGUUUUUGUACGUAUAAUCUUUUUCUUUUUUUUAUCAUUAAAAUCAAAAUAUAUUUUUUGGCAUCAAUCUCUAUUGUGCCCCUUUAAGUGACCCUUGUUUCAUAACUGUUAUCGACAACUGUUUCAUCGAAAUGGUAUGAGCCCUCAUUAUCUGCUUUAUUUAAAUGUACUCGACCAUACUGUAUACCAGUAUUUUGUGCUGCAUUAUAUACAGUCAUAUUGCAAUGUUAGUCUUUAUAAGCAUUUUUCAUUCCUUAAAGCUGCACUCUCACAGAUAUACCAUUUUUACAACUUUUUUAUUUUUUGUCUUGGAAAGAGCAAAUUUUUGCGUAAAUAUCUUCAAACCAACGAUAUUAGAUUGCUGACAAAAAAUCAGAUCAUGUUUUAUGGCUUAAACUGUUUUACUAACGGUUUAAGAAAAAUGCAUAAAACAUUAAUUUUUGAACGUACAUAUUAAAAUCUGCGAUCUAUUUUUUUGUCAGCAGUCUUAUAUAACUUGUUCCUAUGAAUUUUCGCAAACAUUGGCUAGUUCCAAGACAAAAAAUGAAAAAAGUUGUCAAAACGUUCAAAUUAUGUAUUGAUAUAUAAUAGAAAUAUGUAAUUUAGGUGAUUUAGGUAGUUUUUCCCAUUUUUAUCCAUGGCUACAUUAUUAGUUGUUUGGCAAUAUGAUUAUGUCAUAAUUAUGUUUUAAUUUAUUUUUGCAAUAAAAGUAUUUGUCUU